AUGGCUGCAAACUUUAUUGAGAAGUUUCCUCAGCUUGAUGUGAAAUUCACAGGGACCAAUUACCGUGAGUGGUCGAUUUCUGUGCAACUUCUUUUUGAUGCUCUCGAUCUCACGAGUCACAUUGAUGGCACGCCGCCUCCUGAAUCUGGAACUGAUGCUAAGCAAACAGCGGCAUGGGCUCUUGCAGACCGCCGAGCACGUGGCAUUAUUUCUUCUUCCUUAGAGAUUGACAUACGCAUGCAACUUGUUAGUCUCCAGACUGCACUUGCCAUGUGGUGCCAAUUGCAAGGACUUUAUCAACAAUCUAGUCAUGCUCACUCAUAUUCUGUCUAUCAAGAACUCUCUCUUGCUCAACAAGAUGAGCGAUCUAUACAAGAAUUUUAUAACUUUAUGCAUACUCAAUGGCGCCAACUUGCAAUAAUGGAGGAACCUUUAUGUCAAACUUGUGCAGUUUGUGCAUGUGCCACCAAACAGCGUUGUGUUCGCGAUCAACAUCGACUAUUUCAAUUCUUGAUGCGUCUGCGACCUGAGUAUGAGUCAUUGCGCAGUCAAAUUCUUCAUCGGUCACCGCUACCAACUCUUGAUGAUGCUUUGGCUGAACUCAUCGCUGAAGAGACUCGCCAACGUGUCCUAAACACAAAGACUACUUCUAUUCAAGGUGCCCUGGUUGCUCAACAAUCAUCUGUACCACAGUCAUCUUCGGCCACGGUCUCCGCACCAUCUGUCUCUUCUAACAAACAAAGGAAUACUUAUUGUCGGUAUUGUCGUCGUCCUGGACAUAUCAUCCAAAAUUGUUUUAAGCGACAACAAGCUGAAAACCGACAUCCUCGUCAACGAUCCACUGCUACCGUGGCAAUUUCUGGUGCUAAAGAUUUUUCUAAUGAGUGUUCUACUGCUCCUGAGGAAUCUACUUCGAGUGUUACUCUUUCUGUGCCAUAA